AUGGCGGAAUCAUCGCUUCUCAUGUUUUCAGCCAGGGACCUUCUCGCGACUCCAAGCCACGAAGGCUUAGCGUACUUCGUCGAGAAACUCUUCAAGCCUCAUGAAACCUACGAGUACCAAAACGCGCAAGCUCUGUACAAGUUCUGCGUCGUCAACUUCUCGAACUGCUUAACCCUAAUGCUUCUCAAGGUGUAUCUACAUUCUCCCGACGACCUCAUCAGGUUCCGAGCGAUCAGUCUCCUCUCCGAAGCCCUCACCGGUCUAAGAAACCGCAGCUUCGAGCUCUCUCCCGUGGCACUCGAUGUUAUAAAGCCUCUUCUUGUUUCUUGCCUGACGAUGCCGGAAGCCAAGAAGCCUGACACCAAGAUGCUAAGAAGAAUCGUUUCUUGCGUAGCAAGAAAUGCUAUGAAGCUUGAUCCUCACGGGUGGGACGAGCUUGGAGAUUGUAUGCUCACGCUCGUGAACACAGAUCCUGUUAGGGCUUUCAAUGUCUUUCUUGAUCUGCCGCAACUCCAUGUUGGCUUCAUCAACCGGUUCUUUAAACACCUCAUUGAAGAAAUCGAGGAUGUACUGUUGCUUAAUGAUGAGCAAGAUACAGACGAAGAGUACUGGAGUCUAGCUCUUGAAACUGCUGUUAAGCUAGGGAUUCAGCUUUCUAAUUCAGAAAAGGGUUUGGAUGUGGCAAGGGUGAUUCUUGACACUGUUCUCAAGUCAGCUAAUCUGCUUGUGAGGAAGGGUGAAGAACAGCUUCUGCAACGAGGGCUUGCUCAUCUCGUGAAGUUCCUUGCGCUAGACGCUAACACGUGUAGAUACGGUAGGAACCAAUGCGGGUUUUUGUCAGAGUUUGCGUUCAAGAUCUCGAGAAUCGGAACUCACACCAAAGAGGCUGCGAUGAAGAUCAAUCAGAUGGUCACGAAGCUUGAGAGUCACGUCUCCGACCAAGCCUUCAAACUCAGCCCCUCUCAAGGGUUUGAUCAUGACUUGUACAACAAGUUAAAGACCAUAUCCGCUGUGGAAAUCUUGCGAAUGGUCGCAUCAACUACGAUGGAUGACAAGUCCAGAGAGAUAGCAAUCGGACGACUCCACGAUAUGCUUUGUGACCACACUUCAAAGAGAGCGGAGAUUGAUGUUUUGGAGGUGAUACAGUUCAAGAAACCGCUUAUGUCUUGCCUCACUGAAGUAGGAGUUACCGAGAACACGUUCAAGAUUCUUGGCAAGGUGGUGUUUCACGUUGCGCUUGAGUUAUUGUCCUACCAAGAGGAUAAAUGGUUCGAGCUAUGGGACUAUAUUGCAUCAGAGUGCAGUACACAGUUCGAGAGAACCGUUUAUAUCUUCCAGUGCUUGACAAUGAUGUCUGAUGAUAACGAAUAUGUAAUUCAUGCGGUUGAUAAACUACUCCUGGAGAUAAGGACAAGGUUGAACCCACCAGGAGAGUUGUUGGUUGAUAAUAGCUCCUGGGUGUUGGCGUUUGUGGGUGGGUUCUGUGCUGCUAUUCACUUGUUAGAGCUCUACACUAAAUCAGUUGCGGAGACUGUAGAUAAGAUGGUUGAUUCAGUAAGAGAGCUUGUGGAAAGAGGAAUGGAAGUUGGGCUUGUGAGGAGAGCUUUCACAGAUCUUGAAAGCGUUGUGAAGAAACAGGUGGAGUGGUAUGAUGGUAAUGAGUAUAAAUUCAUCAAGGCUUUGCUUUGGAAGCUCUAUGAGAUCAAAGGCCUGAGAAUGGAGAGUAGGAUGGUGUUGUGGAGAAUCAAUGUGGUUCUUGAGAAGGGAACGCCCAAUGUGGAUAAAGAGCUUCCAGAGAGAGUCUUACAUAGCAACCUCAUUGAAUGACAUGAACGAACUUUCCCAACAUCUUCUGAGGAUGUUUCUUCAACCAUUACACUCAUCUCCUUGAACAAGCAUG